CAUGGAGUUAUGUACCUCGUUUUGCCCUCUGAACUGCCAUCAUGGAUUGCAAACCCUUAAUACUUUUUUUGUUUCUCUGCUUGUUUAUUAGCCGCGCAGAACUCAGCAUUCACCCUUCCAAUGAAGUGAACCUACUGGACUCUAAAGCAAGUCAAGGGGAACUGGGAUGGAUUUCUUACCCAUCGCAUGGAUGGGAAGAGAUCAGUGGAGUGGAUGAGCACUACACACCAAUACGCACUUUCCAAGUAUGCAACGUCAUGGAGUACAGCCAAAACAACUGGUUGAGGACCAACUGGAUCCCACGCAACUCUGCCCAAAAAAUCUAUGUGGAGCUCAAGUUCACCCUCAGAGAUUGCAACAGUAUCCCGAUGGUCCUCGGGACCUGCAAAGAAACCUUCAACCUCCAUUACCUGGAGACGGACGAGGACCAAGGGUCCAAAUUCAGGGAACACCAGUUUUCCAAGAUCGACACUAUCGCGGCCGACGAGAGCUUCACGCAGAUGGACCUAGGGGAUCGCAUCCUCAAACUCAACACGGAGGUGCGGGAGGUGGGACCGGUCACGAAGAAAGGCUUCUAUUUGGCCUUUCAAGACGUGGGGGCUUGCGUCGCACUGGUUUCCGUGCGCGUGUACUUUAAAAAAUGCCCGUUCACGGUGCGAAAUCUCGCCAUGUUUCCCGACACCGUGCCCAUGGACUCCCAGUCGUUGGUGGAGGUCAGGGGCUCGUGUGUGAACAACUCGCGAGAGGAGGACCCGCCCAAAAUGUACUGCAGCACCGAGGGGGAGUGGCUGGUGCCCAUUGGGAAAUGUCUGUGUGACAUUGGCUUCGAAGACCGGGGGGCAGCCUGUCAAGUCUGCAGGCCUGGUUUCUACAAGGCCUCUUCAGGCAACGUGAAGUGCUCCAAGUGUCCCCCGCAUAGCUUCACCCAUGAGGAGGGCUCAGUGCACUGCUCCUGCGAGAAGAACUACUUCCGUGCCGAGGGUGACCCUGCGUCCAUGGCCUGCACGCGGCCUCCGUCGGCCCCGCGCAAUGUCAUCUCGGUGAUCAACGAGACGUCGGUGAUCCUGGACUGGAGCUGGCCCGAGGACACGGGCGGCCGCAAGGACCUGACCUUCAACGUGGUGUGCAAGCGCUGCUGGCCGGGGGGGCCGCGGCUGUGCGAGCCGUGCCGGGGGACGGUGCGCUUCCUGCCCCGCGCCGCCGGCCUCCACAACACCACGGUGACCGUGGCCGACCUGCUGGCGCACACCAACUACACCUUCGAGAUCGAGGCGUUCAACGGGGUGUCGGCGCUGGUGCCCGGCCAUCGGCAGUACGCCGCCGUCACCAUCACCACCAACCAAGCAGCACCUUCCCCAGUCACAGUCAUCAGAAAGGACAGGACUUCCCGGAACAGCAUUGCACUCUCCUGGCUGGAGCCCGAGAGACCCAAUGGCAUCAUCCUGGAUUAUGAGGUCAAGUACUAUGAAAAGCAGGAACAAGAGACCAGCUACACCAUCCUGAGGUCAAAGGGCACCAACGUGACCCUGAACGGGUUAAAACCCGACACCACAUACCUGCUCCAGAUCCGCGCCCGGACCGCAGCUGGCUACGGGAGCAGCAGCCGCAAGUUCGAGUUCGAGACCAGCCCUGACUCCUUCUCCAUCUCCAGCGAGAACAGCCAGGUUGUGCUGAUAGCCAUCUCCUCCGCUGUUGCCAUCAUCUUGCUGUCUGUGGUGCUCUACAUUGUGAUUGGCAGGUUUUGCGGUUACAGCAAAUCCAAACAUCCCGACGAAAAGAGGCUUCAGUUUGGCAACGGGCACCUGCGGCUCCCCGGGAUCAGGACAUAUGUGGAUCCCCACACGUACGAGGACCCCUGUCAGGCCGUGCACGAGUUCGCCAAAGAGCUGGACGCGUCCUGUAUAGCGAUCGACAAAGUCGUCGGUGCAGGAGAAUUUGGGGAGGUUUGCAGUGGGCGCCUCAAGCUGCCCUCAAAGAAAGAGAUGUGUGUGGCCAUUAAGACUCUGAAGGCAGGCUACACGGAAAAGCAGAGGCGGGACUUCCUGAGCGAGGCGAGCAUCAUGGGACAGUUCGACCACCCCAACAUCAUCAGGCUGGAGGGUGUGGUCACACGAAGUAAGCCGGUGAUGAUUGUGACGGAGUACAUGGAGAAUGGUUCCUUGGACAGCUUCCUGCGAAAACACGACGCGCAGUUCACCGUCAUCCAGCUGGUGGGGAUGCUGCGCGGCAUCGCCUCGGGCAUGAAAUACCUCUCGGACAUGGGCUACGUCCACCGAGAUCUGGCCGCCCGCAACAUCUUGGUCAACAGCAACCUGGUGUGUAAAGUGUCGGACUUCGGCCUGUCCAGGGUGCUGGAGGACGACCCCGAGGCUGCCUACACAACAAGGGGCGGCAAGAUCCCUAUCAGGUGGACGGCACCUGAGGCCAUCGCUUACCGCAAAUUCACCUCAGCCAGCGACGUGUGGAGCUACGGCAUCGUGCUGUGGGAAGUCAUGUCGUACGGAGAGAGGCCGUACUGGGAGAUGUCCAAUCAGGAUGUAAUCAAAGCGGUGGACGAGGGCUACAGACUGCCCCCGCCUAUGGACUGCCCUGCCGCACUCUACCAACUGAUGCUGGACUGCUGGCAGAAGGACCGCAACAAUCGGCCAAAGUUUGAGCAGAUCGUCAGCAUCCUGGACAAGCUCAUUCGCAAUCCCAGCAGUCUGAAGAUCACAGCCAACACCGCCUCCAGACCUGCAAACCUCCUCUUGGAUCGGAACAACACAGACAUCACGUUUCGGACCAUGGGUGACUGGCUGGAGACUGUUCAGACUCUCCCCUGCAAGGAGGCCUUUUCUGGGGUCAGCUACAGCUCGUGCGACACCUUAGCCAAGACCUCCACAGAGGAUUUCAAGAAGGUUGGUGUGACGAUUGUUGGACCGAAGAUUGUGAGCAGUAUCCAAGCACUUGAAGCACACACAAAGAAUGGCCCGGUUCCCGUGUAAACGGCAGGACAAUAUAACUGCUUUUGGCUUUAAGAGACAAGAAUUCUGCAUUGAAACAAAAAACAAUGACAAACAAUAGCAUAUAACAGGAGGAAGUACUGUAGGUACAGGACGAUUAGGGUAUCUGCAGUUCAGGGCUCACUCCCUGGAGGGAGGGAGAGAAAGAGAGAGAGAGAGAGAUCCGAGGGACAAGUGGUGCUCAGUCAGAGCCUGAACACCCCAAGAUCCCUACCAAUGAUGUAUUGCCUUAUUGCUGAGGCCCAAGGGAGGGUGCGAGAUCUGUACGUGACAGCUGCAAGUAAGCUGUAACUGAGCUGGUGCUUUGGGCCGAUGGCUUCCUGGUCUGCACCUCUGCCACCAUUACGCCUGCAACAUGGUGGAACCAGACAGCAGAAGCCCUGUUUGUAGGACAGGAUGGAGCUGAUGGAGCCAUCGACCUGUCCAGCUGUCUUCUCUUGAGUAGGUACGGAUUUAAAAAAAAAAAAAAAAAAAAAAAAGACUCUACAUUAGGAGUUGUUUAAAUGCCUUUAGUAAUCAAAAAUGCACCAGUUCAGCAAACUCCUGAUGGAAUUAUUAAUCGGGUUCGGAGAGAGAGAAACCCGAGGGGGAUUUUGUCAGCUGUUUCUUCGCUUCUUCCCCGUCUAGAAAGGACUGUGUGUCUGUGUCCAGCCUCCUCACUUUACCACUGAGUGCGACCUUUUGACUUUCGGAAGGUUUGGUUUGGGGAAGACCAAGAGAAUUCUCUCGUUAGCAAGAAAGAGGCCCUUCAGGCCUUGUUAAAUGCUAACUAGGCAUAUUCCAAGCAAUAUUUAUCCACUAAGGCUGUCAAUAUGAGUACAUGGGAUUGUCAAAUAAGGCAAUAUGCAUUUCAGAGCAUUGUUUUGCUUUUUUAAAGGUCUAGCACUAAAAUUGUUUGCUUGAAAGUUGCUGUCAUAAGGAUUGAAAAGGCUUGACAAGAGAGGGAGUGGUGUUAAUGAUCUUCAGAACAGUCUUCCAAUGACUGAACCCAACAUAGUGAAUCUGGCUACUGUGGCGUAUUUGGCUGAAUCUCAGUCAUGUCAUAGUUAUCUUUGCUUUGAGGAAUCACCUGUUUAAAAAAAAAAGAAGAAACUUGAAAAAUUGUCCAUUUAGAAAGUCUUAUCCACUGACUUAAAAUGAAUUUUAUGAAUUAAUAACUAGAUACAUAGUAUCAUAUUCUAUUUACACUACACUACAUGCAUAUUGCCAGAUGACAUAAUAAAACGUUUACAAAUGAUAAGUUAAUUUUCCGUCGUAAGCAAGGAGUGAAUUUACUGAGAGAACUUUGUAUUUCUUGCUGGCAGUGUCACUUUAAAUGGAAGCAUUAGUUUUUAUUGAUAAUGUGAAUAGCUAAGUAGAGGACAUGACCCUCUCAUACUUUCCUAUGAAUAUGUCUUGAUCAGGGCUUCUACGGAGAUCUACAGAGAUCAACAAACAGCACUUCCAGUGGACUGGGUGGCUAGUGCAGAAUCUCAGGAUGCACGUUCCUCAUUACUGUAAUUUCCCCACUAUUAGCCGUGGUGUAUACAUUCAUUUUGCAACAUUUCUUCAGUUUUGAGGUUAAUACACGGGGGGAAAUUAAUAUGGUAUUAAUAUGGUUUUCUUUCUUGCAUAAAACACUGUCGUGUGGCUUAUUGCAAUGCGGCUAAUACACAGGAAAUUACUGUAAUCUGAGAUAGCUAAACAAAGAACGGAAUGAGUAGGCAGGGUAGAGAGUGAAAAAGAAAGACAGAGGAUGCAGAGAUAAAGUGCACCUUGCAGCCCACUGCUCGAGAGCGUGUAAUGUCCUGUCCAGCUUGGUCCGGUUUGCAUUGCAGGGAUCCGACAUUUGAAGCAGAGGGUAACAUGUAGUCUUGACUCUACCAUUAGCAUACCGGUAUCUGCAAGUCACAUUUUAUGUGCAUCAGAAAAAAAUGUGUGAACUGUCCAAGUGGGAAAGAAUGGCAGCCUGGAAAGCAGUGCAAUCCUUCCCCCCCAUCUUCCCACUUCCCACUUCCCACUUCCCACUUUAGGUGAACAUCUCAAGUCUUCCUCCGUCCCUUCUUCCCACCUGCCUGUAAAUGUUGCUGCUCUCCCUACUGUUAGCAUGUAUAUAUGUAAACAGGACCUUGUAAUAAUAGCAACAGUGAACCUAGGGAUACAGUCCUUUUCCUGGCCAUCCCAUUGUACAAAUGUUUGUAUGUAUAAAAGAUCAAUGAAAUAUGUGUGCAACAUUUACGUAAAUAAAAUCAUUUGUGUGAUAUGUUAUUUUAUAUUUGUUUUUUACAGUUUAAAAAAAAAAGCGACUAUAAUUACCUAUUUAUUUGUUAACAUACACUCUACAGUGCAAAUUCUUUUUUUGGAAUGUUUUGUUUGUUGCAUACAGUAAGUUAUGACGAUGAUAUUAGUGUUUUGUAUUUACUUUAUAGACAUGGUGUUUUAAAAGAGCAAUACUGUUUUCCUCCCCCCACUGUCCUCUCCUCUUUCAUUAGGUCCGUGUGUGCUUGGGUGUGUGGGGAGUGCAAAUGUAGAUGGCCUUGUCUACUAAUGUAAAGUGAUUUGUAGUGGAAACAUUUAUAUUUUUAUAAUAAACAUUCUCAAAAUAUUUUCUAAAGAAAGAA